AUGGCCCGAGUUGAAGGUGGGAACAAGGAACCACCGAACGAGCAAGCCAUUGCCAACAUAUAUGCAUCCACGAGAACCGAAAUAAACCAAAUUUACUCCAAAAUCACCGAACUAGAAAUGGAGGUCAGUGAGCAUUCGCUCGUGAUGAGUGCCAUUAAGCCGCUCGACCCAUCGAGGAGGUGCUACCGUAUGAUUGGGAGCGUACUUGUCGAGCGAACAAUUCAAGAAGUUUUGCCAGCUGUCCAGCGGAAUAAAGAAGGCCUGGAUGAGGUGAUUGCUCGGCUUACCGAGUCCUUGGAGAAGAAGAAAAAGGAAGUAUCGGAAUUCGAGGCCAUGUACAAAAUCAGAAUCCGAAAGGGUGACGGUGGUGAGAUGAAAGAGGAGAGUGGUGGUAAGAAAGAAGGGAAUGCACAGGGAGUUGUUGGUGAGUUGGAGAAAUUCCGCAAAUUCCACUAG